UUGGAGGCAAUAAUGUUUGUAGCCGCUGACCUUUUUAUUCCAUUGAAGUUCCUCAAAAUAGAUAUGUUUGUAUCAGUUUGAUAUCAAGAAGUUCUUGCCUCCUGUAAUUUGCAGAACUCUCUCUCUCUCUCUCUCAUCAUGGAUACCAUCAUAAACUCGACGGUAGGAUGGAUUCCCACAUAUGUAAUCGAUCCAAUCAGAGUUAGGUUUCAGGUGUUACGAAACCUUGGGGAGAACAUUGAAGAACUAAGACAGAGAACAAUUUUCUUGGCUGGAAGGAGAGACAGCGAACGAGGAAAAGUAGAAGAAGAGAAGAAGCAACAAGGGGUCGAAGCAUCAGCAGAGGCAGAUAGCUGGUUCGGUGAAGUCAAUAAUGCUCUAUCAAAUGCCGAAACCCUACGAACUGAGUAUGAUGAGCGAAGGAGUAGUGGAGCAUGUCAAAGGUACUGCUUCUGCUGGUCAGGCUAUCAGCUCAGCAAGAAAGCAUUGAAACUCAAGGAAGUUGUUGAGGGGUUGUAUGAAGCAGAGCCAAAAUCUGGUUGGACUGCGACGGCUUCUACUUCGCACAAAGGGAAGAAGCUGGACACCGUUUCUAUAGAGGGCCAAACAAGAACAGAGAAACUGAAGCAAGAGAUGAUCGAUGCGGUGGUUGACGAUAGGCAUGUUGUUGUUGGGUUGUACGGUAUGGGCGGCAUCGGCAAAACGACACUCCUUCGACACGUCUAUGAGCACUUUCGACAGACCGAGCACUUCGAUUCCGUCAUUUUCACUACUGUGUCAUCCACACCAAAGUUCUCAGAAAUACGAGAGGAAAUAGCAAAAGGGUUGGGCUUGAAUCUGAAAGAUUGCCAAGAUGAGAACGAUUUAAGAGAAAAAUUGUGUCGUCUUUCCGAAACAAUGAAGUAUAUGUUGAUACUAGACGACAUGUGGGAGCCCUUUGAUCUUACUGAAAUCUGCAUUCUGGCACCCAAGAAGGAGAAUGGUUGCAAAUUAUUAAUCUCAUCUAGAUCAAAAGAUGUGGUUACAAGGUUUGUGAUCCCUUUUGCAGCCAAAAAAUCUCUUAGAUCAAUUCAAGUGAACAAAUUAGGAGAAGACGAAGCAUGGGAACUCUUUGUCCAAAAAGUUGGUGAAGAUAUUACUUCUGAACCAACAAUAGAACCCAUUGCCAAGGAGGUUCUUAAAAAGUGUGGUGGAUUACCUUUGGCGAUCAUUGUUAUUGGAGGCACAAUGUCAACACGGGAAACGGAAGGACAAUGGAAAGAUGCCAUUCGUGAAUUGGAGCAACAAUCAAAUUCGAGUCUCGAAGGUAUAGAAAAAGAGGUAUUUUCAAAACUCAUGUUUAGUUUUGAAAAAUUGGAACCAAUCCAACAAUCCCUCUUCCUCUAUUGCUGUUUAUUUCCUAAGGAUUGGAACCAGGGUGGAGGAUCCAUUGGGAAAUACUUCUUAUAUAAUUUUGCCAUUGGUGAAGAAACUCUGUGUGAUGAAAUGCAUCGACUUGAAGAUAUGAGAAAUAAAGUUGAUGUUUUGGUUGGAAAGCUUCAAAGUUCAUCCAUAUUUGAGCACGCUAACAAUGGACAUGGUAGAAUGCAUGAUGUGAUGUAUGAAUUAGGUAUGUGGAUCACAUCUCCGACUACAUUGAAUAAGUACCAAUACUCCAAGUUCAUUGCAAAGGCAAGAUCUGGAAUAACAAAGGCACCUGAUGCCUCAGAAUGGGGCAAAGCAACUAAGAUUUCAUUAAUGUGGAAUCAGAUAGAGUCUUUACCUCAACUGCCAGAUAAAUGUCCACAGCUGCAAACAUUGCUCCUUGGAGGAUGUAUUAUUAAAGAGAUCCCCCAAGUACACUUCUUGGAGCAAAUGCCUGCACUCCGAAUACUGGAUUUGAACCGUUGUUCUGAUUUAAAAUUUUUGCCACCUUCAAUAUGCCAUCUUGUCAACCUUCGUUCAUUGUGCUUAGAAUGUUGUGUUAACCUAAAAGAAUUACCACGAGAAAUCGGAAUGUUGGCUCAGCUCAUAUUCUUAGAUUUGAGUUGUUGCACAGGGUUAACAAAGCUACCAAAGGAGAUGAAGAAGUUGAAAAAUUUAAGGCAUCUCAACAUCAGCUACACUACCCAGCUUAAGAGGAUACCACGUGGGGUGUUAUCUGGAUUGCAUAAGCUAGAGGAGUUGUACACUGAUGGAAGCAGUUUAAAAUGGUCUACCAACGGCAUAAUGGAAUUGGGGUCCUUAUUGGCUCUUCGCUUGACUUCAAUUAUCAGAAUUCCAGAGGCCAAAAUAAAAGGAGUGAAGGUUUCCCAUUGGUUGAAGCCCUUAGCUAAAAGCAUAGUUUGUUUACACCUGCAGAAUUGUGAUAUUGAUCCUUCAACUUUGCCGGACCUACUACUUCUAGAAGGCUCUCGACACUUGAAUAGAACGGUGAAAUUCAUAUCAUGUAAUGGUUUGACAUGGGUUCCAGCUUGUGGCUAUAGUAACCUAACUAUACGAAAUUGUCCAGAUCUCAAGCAAUUGUGUAGUAGGAUUUCACAAUCAGCUGAAAGCAGCUUUACUAAUCUGGGACGUAUCACAAUACAAGAAUGCCCCAACCUAGAGGUUCUUUUCACUAGUGGUGUAACAUGUCAGCUAAAAAAGUUGAAGUCUUUACAUGUAUAUCAAUGUCCUCAAUUGGUGAACCUUAUAGUAUCAGAUGAUGAUGAUGAGGACAUGGAAAUAUUGAGCAAUGCAUUUCCAAGUUUAAAGGAAAUGAGGUUGUGUGAGCUACCAGAAUUGACAGCCAUAUGCAACAACCAUCAGCAUCUAGAUUUGAUGAAGUGGCCAUCUCUCUCUGCAGCAGAAGGAGCGCAUGUUUAUCUUUGUCCUAAGUUGAGGAGACCCCCAUUUGGAGCCCAUCGUGCAGAUAUAUCCUUAAAUGAUGAAACCGACAGCCAGAUGACAGAAAAGUAUCGUAAGGAAAAGAGAGAUCAGGAAGAAAAAGAAAGAGAAAAAGAUGAUGAUGAUGAUGAUGAUGAUGAUGAGGAGGAGUAAGAAGAAAAAUAAGAAGAAAGGUUAACUUCAUCUUAAGUGUCAGGUUCCAAAAUGGACAGGCCAUCCUCAAUUUGAGUAGGAGAUUAUUAUUAACAUGGGCCGAGAAUGUCACUGAAAAUAUGAUAUGGCAUUUAAGAAUGAAGAAGGUGCAAACGUGCCAUGACUCUUGUUGAGUAUAUUGUUGUUGUGGUGCUUGACUGAUGAGUGUUGAGUGAUAUGUAUGAAUUUGGAUUUGGGAGAUUGUGGGUUUGAGAAUUUAAGAGAGUGAAGGGAGCAUAGGGAUAUGAGUAAGUUAAUUGAUAAGUAGAGGUGUUUUGUUGGAAGCUUUCAUUGAUCUAGUCACAAUAAGCUCAGUAAGAGGCUUUUCAGUUUUUUUUUUUUUGAAUAGUCAUGUAAUAUUUAUGUGAUGAUUGAAAUUGGUCAAGUUGUCUUAGGGUUGGUCCUGUUCUUGCCUUCAUAAGUGUAAGUGUUGACUUUAAAGAAUUAAAAAUGAUCUGAGCUAGAAUGUGUA